AUGCGUCCCCCCUACCAUACCAGCCUCCACUGCUGCUCGCCCCAUGUGACGUACACGCAGGUCGUGGCCGCACCGGACGCAGGCACCUCGCAGGUCCAAGCCGCGCAAAACUUCAAAGAGCUGUCCGACAAGGUGGCCAACGCUCGCGGGGACAGCCGCGGGAAGAAGAGGUCGCCCAAAGGGCAGGCCGCCGCUGCGCGGGGACGGCGGCUCGGCAGAGGAGGGUCGAAGCCUCCAUCGCCUUCCUCACGCGGUGGUGGCCGCCGCCGGAGCUCGGUGUUGCCGCGAGCGGGGGGUGGUGGCGGUGGUAGUAGCAACGACGGCGACGACAAGCAUAAGGGACGGUCAAGUCGGAGCAGCAGAGCCUCUUUCUCGCAGCAGCGUCGCCGGAGUGUUCGCAGCAGCAAGGGCAGUAACAGCAUCAGCGGUAGCAAGAACAGUAGGAGCUCGGCACAGAGGGAAGCGGUCGAGAGUUCCGGGGGGGAGGGGGGCGGCCAGCAGAUUCGCUCGGCGGAGUCGUCGUCGGAAGCUGGUCUGCCGCCGCUGCUGAUUGACAGAACGUCGGAAAGCAUGAAUUCUCAAGAGGAGCCAGCGGCGAAGGGGGUGGAGGUCUCUGACACCAACGUUGUUGCUCAAGACCGGUCGCAAGGCAACAACGGGGCUAGAAAACAACAACACCCGGGAGGGAACGGCAACGGCACUCAAGACGAUGCCGUUGAACAAUCUGACGUCACGGGGAUGGGUCAACGGCAAGAUGGUGCUCCCGGCGAUACCUCAGCGGUGGAGGAAACCCUGGUGGGAAACGCACUAGACGGGGAAACGGUCCCCACUCGGCCGCCGCUGCAAGGUGCCGCUUCCACCUCCGACCUUCAAGAUGGAAGCGAGAUUUCCCCCCCGGGGCCGCCAAGCUCGGCAACGGUCCACACGAAACAAGAAGAAGAUUCUGGUCUGGUCGACCUCGAGGGAUCGGGAAUCACAGGUUCCUCGCCGAAUGAAACUGAACAACAUGACCAAGAGCGAGAAGAAGAGCAGCUCCAGCCUUGGCCGGAGCAGCACGAAGAAGUUCCGGAGGAAGACGGAGUGUCUUUAUCGGCGGUGGAAGAGGCCGGGGAAGCGGCGGCGGAGGCGGGCUUUCUGGAGGGAAUUCAAGAAGAGGCGGCGGAGCCAAAGCGGGGGGCGGACGGCGGUGAUGGUGGUGCUGGAGUGGUUCACCAACAUGGUCCUGCAGCCACGGCUGCAAUCGACUUUGUUCCGACAGAGAGAUCACUUGCUGCCUAUUGCCAGGCGGCGGCACGGUGCAAGCUGGCUAUCGAGGCGUUCGAGGCCUCAUCCUCCUCCGAUUCUUCGUCCGAGCUAGACUCUGACUCCGGGGAUGAUGACAACGCGGCAAGCGAAAAUGACAAGCACAAACAGCGACUGGUCGAACGCUACGCGGAUCUGACAGACGCCAUGAUGGAUUGGGGCGUAGAGGCGGCCCAAGCUCUAUUGGUAGAGGUGACCAAGACCGCAGCCAAGCACCGGACGAUCUCGGCGUGGACGAACGCGGUGCUGGAACCCGGCAGAGACAAGAGCAGCAAGCGCGGUGGCGGUCUCAAGGAGUCGCAGCAAGCGAGGCAGGACAGGGCGACGCUGCUUCAGACCGAGAAGGCCGUGCUCCACGGGGUUGUUGAGGCACUCGGAGGGUGGGAGGCAGCGGUUUUCCUGGACUCUGGCGUGGCCAACCUAGAUGUUGACGUGGCCGCUUGGCCCAUCGAAGAUCAAUUGGCCAUAUUGACGGCCCUGAACGAUCAUCUACGCGAUGAGCUGGAGGAAAAGGAGACGAGGCACGACCUGGCCGUUGGCGAUAUCCUCGGUCGGUUCCACGCAGCGCAGAAGGAGCUGGAGCAGCUACGUUCGGAACGGGAGUUGCAUUUGUCGACGGUCAAGGACGUCGCUUACUCUGAGCACACGCCUCGAGAAGCGUUCGUCGUGAAGGUGUUCAUAGCGCAAACUCCGCGGUGUACGAGCAAGCAGAACUGA